AUGUCAGACAGAGCUGCUGAAAGAGUUGGAAACCUGAGUUCGAGCGAGUACGACGAGAAAAAUGAAUCACCCGGAACACUUUCAUAUUUCUUCGGCUUGUUGCUUGGUCUCGCUAACAACUUCUCAGCUCACACCGUCUUCCUCCUGUCUUUCAUGGCAGUGAGGUUACACAAGGGAGCAAACAAACUCCCCCUAAACCUUUUCCUGUUCUUUUUCUUCUACGCACUAGGAUCAGUGCUCUUUUUCUUUGUAAGUCCCGUAUUAACAUUUUUCACAUUCUUCGGAUACCUGCUGGAGGCAGUGUUCCAUCUCUUAGCCUUGUUGUCAGUGCAGGCGUUCGAAACUGAGGCGGGAAGGGGCGUAUUCACAGCUUCAGUAGCCCUCAUGGGACUGGCCCACGGGCUAAACAAGGUGGCCGGAACAGCACUAGUAGAAGCCACUCCAUUCGGAAGCCAUGCCGUACUUGACAUGGGAUUGUUCCUAUCUGGCCUAUUGCCAUUCUUCCUAUACAUGGUUUUCCGUUUCGUGGUGACAGAGGCCGGAGACUUUAAGCUCGAGCACAUGAAGGUGUUCUUCACCACAGUCAGCGUACUAGCAAUGGUCAUGCACUUGCUCACGGCGCUCUUUGCCGUAGUAUACUCGAUGACGGGCAGAGUAAAGAGGCACAUGGAAAAGAAGAGGCUGGAGCACGAGUCGAAGCCAAAGUUUGUAGGCAGACACGCUGCAUCACUAUUCAACAAUUUAUUAGUUGCAACACUCGUAUUCCUGGUGCUGUACUUCCUUAAAUACACGCUAUUCCCAUCAUUCUACCCUCUCGAUGUGGAAGACAAAGUCACAACGGGAGCAAAAUACAUGUUCCUUACACUACCAGGCUUGUUCGACGGACUGGCAAGGCUGGCGUUCCUAUAUCUGUUUGGCAACGUUGACUGGACACACGUGACUCCGUGCGGCACACUUUACAUGCUAGUUUUCGAUCUUCUUUUGGUUGUAUUUUUCGGAUGUUUACACAGAAUGCAGGACCAGGACUUUGUGCUCUUUGAAGAAUCUUUCUCACUGUUGUUCUUCUUGGCCUUCCUACUGGUCCAUUCUGCAUCCUCAGAUGUCAUCACCCUGCAGCUACUUGGCCACGCGGGCAACAAGGAGGCCGAGAGGGACAUGGAAACCCACGAACUUGAGGCAGAUCUGCCCAGAGCACACAAGAGAGUGACAGCUCACGUGUUUUUGAACGUCCUAGAGUCCCUCGGAUCCACCCUGGGAUCGCUCGCAACACUGUUAUUCUUUAGUCUGUCAACUGAAAAGAAGGAUUAA